AUGACUCCGCGCUUGGGAAAGCUGUCGCAUGAUCUUCCCUCAGAACUGACCUUGGCGAUAUACAAAUUUAGAUGGGUCGAACGCCCGAUCCGCCCGAUCAGUCUACGCCAGUUGACAUUUUUUGGCCGUACACUAACAGAGCCCCGACUGAUUAGCUCUGCAAACUACGUGCGAACUGAGCUACCCACGCGACUGGCCCAUCGACUUCGAGAUAUUCAGCAGCUGCCAUAUGUCGCCGUCUCCAACCCGCACCUCUCCCUCGUCUACGAAUUGUACUAUAAAGCAUUCGAGCGAUUUCGAGUGAUCCCCGAAAUAUGUAGCCUGGAUGAUAAUGAUCGGUUUUGUGAUGUGCUCCGAGAAAUGCUCAGGGAGCACCUAGUGGUGAUUCCGAAUCUGGCCACCGGGGUCUUGGAAUGCCGCGAGCUAUUUCCAGCGGACGAAAUGGAUAGGUUCAUGAACACCUUAUUGCGAGCGAGAAUCUCGCGUCGCGUAAUCGCAGAGCAACAUCUCGCUCUAACCGAUACUUUUAACUCCCCAUGGCAUUUCCCAGACUCGCACGAACGAACAGACAUGAACGCAGACUUUGUAGGCGAAGUCUUUCUCAAAUGCAACGCGAAAGAGGUGAUUGAGCGUUGUGGUAAAGUAGCACAGGAUCUACUGCGGCAAACCUCACAGUCUGCUCGAGUUCAAAUCCCUGCUGUCAAAGUUCAGGGCCACCUCAACGCUACUUUCCCGUACAUCUUAAGCCACUUGGAAUACAUUGUGGGUGAGUUGCUACGCAACUCCGUACAAGCUGUCAUCGAAAAACACCACAAUUCUUCAGAACCCCCACCGCCUAUAGAAGUGCUCAUUUGCGAAACCCCUCAACAUGUCAUCAUGCGCAUUUCCGAUCGGGGUGGUGGGAUCCCACGCGAGAUCUUACCAUAUCUGUGGUCUUUCAGCAAGGGCCCGCGAACACAGAAACGGCUAGAAAAUCUGGGUCAAGUUCCUGCAAUGGCUGCGACAAUGCAAGAACUUAAGGUCGGCGAGCGUAAACAGGUGCAGGAAGGCUUCCACGAAGGCUCACUGGAUAGCUUGACAUCGCGGCCUCCAAACUUAAGGCUGGGUAUGGGCCUUCCUAUGAGCCGAGUGUACGCUGAAUACUGGGCCGGUAGUCUUGAAUUGCAUAGUUUGGAGGGCUACGGCGUGGACGCCUUUCUACAAAUCUCGAAGUUAGGGAACAAGAACGAACAAGUCACGACCCGUGCAGCCAUUGAUGCUGUGUGA